CGAGCCGAACGCAACUCGCUGCGCGUUGAUCGUGCGUUGUUUCGCGGGAAAAUCCUUUUCCUAAAAGUGUAAUCAAGUCUCCCCAACAGCUAACUAGCACUCCUAAGGAUUAAAUGGCUAAAAUGAAUUGCAUAGUAUUUCUGUUACUAUUUGGAUGCCAUCUGGUUGCCAGAGCCGAUGAUUUGCUUGAUUCAGAAGAGCCACCUGAGGGGUACUAUGCCUUCAUAGAAUCACCUUCUGCAGUUCCUCCAAAAGUUCGUUCACCACCGUACACGCAUAUAAACAUGGAUUGUAAAGAUGCCGCUAAUGCGAAGCCCUAUGUUUCUGCCAAUAAUCUGUGUGGAGAUCUAAACAAGGGCAAAAUUCCUCGUAAUCCCAUGCGGCAGAGUGUUCUGGGAGAACCUUAUCCAUUUGAACUCAUCAGAAAUCAAACUCUUAAGUUUUUGUCGAAAACCCUGCCAGUUCUGAAGGCUGAUGAUACGCUCCCGAAGGUAACACAGAUCUUACCAGAAGAUCCUGUGGACCAGUUCGAUAAUAACGGCAUUGGUCGUCGGAUGGGUAGAGCUAUGCGUGCGAACGAAGAGCGUAAAGAUGAAGAAGAACCGCGUAUAGCUAGAAAGUUUUGCGAUGGAGGUGGUGUCUUUUGUGCACUGUAUCGUGCCAUUCAAGGAGAACCUAUCAGCAGUAAACUGGUUGCCGAACGCCGUGAAGAAAUUCCCAGUGCUUAUCCGCCUCCUCCACGAUACGAAGGACCCCCAACGCCAUGUCCCGCUAAGGUGGAAUAUGCAACUCCAGUAUUUGCUAAGAACUAUCAAGGUUCUUGGCGAUACGUUGUUCAAAUUCCGUAUGAAGGAUACUUUACGCAAACCGUUGAAGUGACCCGUUGUCUUCAAGCUCGUUGCCAUUACCUAGAUGGUGGUUGUUUGUCUUCACCACGUUGGGUUAGUUUAUUGGUUGCGGAAAUUUUCUAUCCUAACGCCGACGAUUAUACAACUUCGACCUCUACAACCACUGCCCCCUCGAUCCAAGACUUCCAAGCGUACCAACAGUAUUUGCAAAAACGAGCUGGUCUCCCGACGGCGUCCGAUGGUGGUUCUUAUGAAAAUACAAGCAAUCACGCUACUCGAAAACAGGACCAGCACUGUGACGGUCACGAUGAGAUUGGAUGCUUCCAAGUUCGAUUGUACUAUGAUUGGUUCCUGAUACCUGGAUCGUGCAAGUGCUGGAGACCAGACUACUUUGCGAAGUAUGUACGAAAGCGACCCACUCCUGAGUUGUAGAGAGCCGAUUUCGGUGCCCGUCGCGGAGCUGUGAACGAGUGUGAAAUGGACUGCAACUAUAUUUAUUUAUUUAUUUUAUUUUAGCUGUAUAAAAGAUAGAACGGUAAUCGAUACUCAAGUUGGAGCUUUUCCGGGUAUAGUUUGGGAAAGCACACAUUCGACACAUCAUCCUCUUGCGUGGCUCGGAGUGUGUUAUCCUCUUUAUUUCUAUUCAGUAACGCCUUUGUCCUAUCUCAAUUUUCUUCGCCGGUUUUGGGUUUAUGGGAAAGUCAAUCAUCACAGGUCGUUUUCGCAAGCGUCCCAUUGAGUCGGAUUUAUUUUUAAUUCUAAAGUGAUCCAGCGGUACUGAUGGCCGCCGAUCAGAAACACGCUAUGCGUUCUUUAUAAGAUGGUAUACAAUAAGCUAUGCUAGUUUAUUAUGAAAAGUGCUUUAGAGAGUAUUUAAAAUGAGUAUGAUUGAAAAGUAAUAAAAUUAACUUGUAAAUAUAUACAUUUUUAAAAAUUUA